GGGAUGGGCGGUGCACCGCAGUGGGGGAUUGAAAGCAGUGGGAGGCAAAGGAUUUGCUGCUUAUGAUUGAGCUGGGGGGAGUCUGUCUAGAGGGCUCCCAUUCAGUGCAGGGGGGUACAGGCUGCGAAGACAGUGUGGUCUAGUGGCUAGAGUAGGAGUGGCCGACCUGAGAGGGUCCACAGAAGCUGCUGGACUACAGCACCCAUCACCCCCCAGGCGCUGCGGAGAAUAAGAGCUGUAGUCUAACAACAGCUGGGGAGCCUCAGGAAAUCCAGAGCUUGCAUAUCCCCAACAGAUGGCUAACCUUUCCAGCAAGGAGAGUCCACCACUUUCCUAGAUGUUGAGCAAGAAUGGAAGACCCCUUUCUACUUCAUCCAAGGAGCAGACCCUCAGUUUGGGCUCAUGAAAGCGUUUGCAAUUGGGGACUGUGACAGCGGCGGCGACGAAUGGCAAGAAGAGCUCCGGUUAACGCAGCAAGCAGUGCAAGCCGUCAACCAGCUGGAGCCCAAGCCCAAGUUCUUUAUCCUCUGCGGGGACCUUAUCCAUGGCAUGCCAGGAACGCCUUGGCGGGAGGCUCAGGAGCGUGACCUGAAAGAUGUUCUGAAGGACAUCAGCGGUGACAUCCCUGUGCUGUUCGUCAGUGGCAAUCACGACCUGGGGAACACUCCGACACCAGAAACCAUUGAUGAUUAUUGCAAGCAGUGGGGCGAUGAUUACUUCAGCUUUUGGGUCGGGGGCGUCUUCUUCCUCGUGCUGAAUUCCCAGCUUUUCUUCGAUAGUUCGAAAUGCCCAGAGUUGAAGCAGGCUCAGGCUCUUUGGCUUACCAAGCAACUUGCUGUUGCUGAGAAACGGAAGUGCAAACAUGCCGUCGUCUUUCAGCACAUCCCUCUGUUUCUGAAAACCCCAGAUGAAGAGAACGAUUACUUCAACCUCGAAAAGUCGGUGCGGCAUGAGUUGCUGGAAAAGUUCUCCAAAGCAGGCAUCAAAGCUGUGUUUUCUGGACACUACCACAGAAAUGCUGGAGGAUCCUACAAAGGUCUCGAAAUGGUGGUUUCAUCAGCCAUUGGAUGCCAGCUGGGCGAAGACACCCAUGGGCUAAGGGUCAUCGUGGUCACUGCCGAAAAAAUUGUUCACAAAUACUACAGUUUAAGUGAACUAAAAGACCAAGGAAUAGGCAGAGAUCUGAUGGAUUUGAUGAAGUAAACUUCUUUCUUUCCUAAACAUUUGACUAAAACAUUUAACCAAUCCAGCCAGGUUGGGUACUGAAUUGAAUUUCUGUGUUUUUUUAAACACACACACACACACACACACACACACACACACACACAGAAGGAAAACAUUCUUUUCAGAUUAUCCAAUAAGCAAGGACCUGAUUAACAACCCAAUGUCAAAAGCUGCAUAGGCAGGCAGAGCUCUUAGACGUACUUCAAAGGUGUAUAUAAAUUUAACUUGUACUAUAAAAGUAAUGACGGCACUAUUGAUUUUGUCAUUAAGGGAAGAUAUUCUAAGAAUGCAUUCUUCUUGGGAUCGACUACUUUAUAGCCGAGUAAAUCUACUCACGAACUCCAGGGGCUCAGUCUAGUUGGCAGGCAUACAAACCCAAUGAGGCCCCAGAGAACCAAAAUGCCAUAUAAUGAAACAAUGGAAGGGUUGACCCAGAAUUAGAGGCAAUCACUAGAUGUGCAUGUACAAUUGCACAGCCAUUUCAAUGACAUCCCAAUAUUACUAAGCUGCUCAACUCCAGCCCUCCUUCAGAUGUGGGACUACAACUCCCAUCAUGCCUAACUGUUGGCUGUUACCAGCGGGAAGCUAACUGACGAUCACUGCAGACACUUCCUACCUUCUCUUUCCCUUGCACAUGGUCACAGAACAGAAGCACUCACAGCUCCUGAAACUGGAUAGGUCCAACCCAGUUUUCCAUCAUGUGCUUAUUGUAUUUUCAGUUGCUUCUGUAUUGUUAGUAGUUCUCCGGUAACUUUGGACCGCUUCACAUCUAAGACUUUGCCUGCACAGGUGUGUAAAUGCAACUAAGGAAUGUGAUGUGUGAGCAUCAUAUAUCUGUCUCUUUUGCCCCAAACACGGUGCUUCCAAACACAUGUCGAAGCAGCAAAACAGAAAGAUGCUCAAGGUUCAUGCAUGUGAAGAGCAGGGUUCCCUUUAACAGGGAUUUGCAGGUGUUGUUAACUACAACUCCCAGCACCCUCAGCUGCAGUGAUCUUUGGCUGGGGGUUAUGGGAGUUGUAGUCAACAACAUCUGGAAAUCCCUGUUACAGGGAACACUGGUGAAGAGUGAAGCAGUAUCCCUUAAGCAUGGCUGCCAUGUGAACUGAACAUGGUUGAGAAGUUUCCUUCCUGUAGCAUAUCCGCAAACAUCCAGACUAAGUUAGUCAUGGACUAAGUCCAAUUGAAAUUAAUAGGACUUAACGUUAGUCAUGAUUAACGUGUCUCACUGGGCAGGUUCAAACAUAUUGUGGAACUUUUGUUAGCACCAAGCGACAGCCAUCAGCCUCAGGAACAUGCAGUCCCCCACACAUACUUGCUUUCUAAGUUAGGAAAAACACAGCAUGGUCGUGGCGUCCAAACUGACGCAGCAGAGAAUGGUUGUGAUGUCCAAACCAAGGAAGCAGAGAUUGGUCGUGAUGUCCAAACCAACAAAGCAGAGACUAGUCAUGACAUCCGAACCAACAAAGCAGAGACUAGUCAUGACAUCCGAACCGACAAAGCAGUGGCUGGUUGUGUCAUCCAUCCUGACAAAGCCAAGAUUGGCCCUGUCAUCCAAACAGGCCAAUCUUGGCUUCUUCUAACUUACUUGCUUCAGAAAACCUGAGAUCUGAAGCUGAGGUUUGAAGCAAGUUUCAGAUCUUGGGUUCUCUGAAGCAAGCCCUAGCCAAGAUUGCUGGGUUCAGACAUCACAAUCAAUUUUGGUUUAUCCUAACCUAGAAAGGAGGUAGACGCACAUAGAUGAGGGGGAGGACACGCCCCCAAGGCCCAAGAACCUCUGCUGAGCUCCAUAUGACACCUAAGCCCACCCAUUCAUUUCAGUAGUGCUUAUUCAUGACUAACGUAGUCUUGAUGUUGCCCACUCAUUAUGUAAGUGAAUAUAACGGAGGUGAUGAAUGAUACUGACAACUGGCAUUUUUAGAAAUGGAAGAGCCAUUUUUUGUGCUUGGCAAUGCCCACUUUUGGGAAACAAAAUUAAUAUGUUUAUUAACUGAGCAUUUUACCAGGUGAAUAGCAGGAGAAUUAGAAAAACUUUCUCCAAGCAAAAUGGAUUGCCUAGUUAUGGGGUGGGGGGGAAUGCAGCGAUUACAAAUCAUCCUACCAAGCCAGUAGUUCCAUUUUAAAUCUGAUUCCUGUUAGUACCAUCUGGAAUACAAAUUGUAUAAAUGGAAUCACUGUUUGAUCUGUUUUAGGGAGAAUAAUAAGAAACAUUUAUGUGUUUACACUAUCUUCUAUUUGUUCAGUCUUUCCUUUUGCUUAUUCAGAUAUCAUUUGGAGCAAAAAGUUUCUUUCUAGAGUUGAUCUUAAACCUGCUUGGCCUCCAUGGAAAUCUAAUAAAAUAUGGCAAGAAAAUC